AUGGAAAGCAUGGAUCAGUCCAACAAUCCUUCAAGCCCAUUUUAUCUCCACCUAGGAGAAAACCCAGACAUUUCUCUUAUUUCUCAGAUUCUUGAUGAAUCCAAUUACACUUCUUGGAGUAGAAAUAUGAGAAGAGCUCUUCUCUCCAAGAACAAGCUAAAGUUCAUAGAUGGAGGGAUCAAGAAACCUCAAAGAGAAGAUCCCAUUUUUUAUUCUUGGGAAAGAAGUAACAUGAUGGUGCUAUCUUGGAUUAUCAAGACUCUUUCACCCCAGAUUGCAGAAAGUGUUAUAUAUGUGGAAGAUGCUCAAGAAUUAUGGGAAGAAUUAAAGGAAAGAUUUUCCAAAGGAGACUAUUUUAAAUUCUCUGACUUGCUCCAAGAAAUUCAUUCUAUUAAGCAAGGAGAAAGGAGCGUGAGUCAGUAUUUUACUGACUUGAAGAUUCUAUGGGAGGAAUUGGAGUUUCUUAGAUCCAUCCCACGGUGUAGCUGCAAGAUUCCUUGCAGUUGUGAUCUUUCUAAAGUCUCUUAUAAGUACAGGGAAAUGGAACAUGUUAUAUGCUUCCUAAAGGGCCUGAAUGAGUACUACAAUACUAUGAGAACACAAAUUUUGCUAAUGGAACCUUUACCCAACAUUAACCGUGCCUUUUCUCUCAUAAUACAACAGGAAAGACAGGAGAAACAUGGCUCUGGACUCACCAACCAAAAUGAAAUCAAAAUUCUGGCAAAUACCACUGAAAAACAGAAUCAUUGGAAGAAUGAUCAAGGUUGGAAGAGUCAUGGACGUGAAUUCACACCUCGUGGACAAGGAAGAGGGAAAGGAAGAAAUCCUAACUAUGGGAAGCAAUGUUCCCACUGCCAUAAAAUGAAUCACACAGUAGAUGAAGGCUACUCUAAACAUGAAUAUCCACCGUGGUACAAGAAAAGUGACAGCAACAACCAAAACAGUAUGGGACAGAGUGAAUUGGGGUCUGUAAGUGCCUGCACUACUUCUGCUGAAAGAUCAUAG